AUGUCUGAUUCUCCUCAAAGAGAGGAUGUAAUAGAUUUGACGAACGAGCCAGAUUCUCCGGAAGACCAGAGAAGACCGCAAAAUGGCGGCUCGCGAACAGCACCACGACUACCACGAUUUGGAAGAAACAUAAUGGCCGAAGUUGUCGAUCUUGAAGAACCAGAAGAUAUAAUUCGAGUAGAUUCACCAAGCAGUCCGGAAGUCCAGUUUGUCGGAGCUACAGUGCGCCAGCCAGAACCAGUGCCGGCACCUCCGCCUAGAAAUCGGGGCUUCAUAGGGGCGAAUCUCUGGGAUUUAAUACGAUUACAACGUGAAAUGGCACCUCGUCAUCUCAUGUCAAGAGAGGAAAGCUUCAGACAGGAAAUUGCAUGGAGAGCACGAGACCUUCAUCGUCAUCCGCCCGAUGAGGUGGAUAUGUUUUUGCUUGGUGCUGCGGAGGAAGCUAUCGAUCUUGAAGAUGCCAUGGAUCUCGCGAUAGUUGGGGAUAGGUCAUUGAGAGUUGGGUAUCCCACUUCUGGGUUGACUUCAGGUAGAGGCUCCCGCCAGAGCUCGUACAAAGCGCCAAGUCCUCCCUCCGAAGGAUUCACGAGAAGCGCUGGGGAGGACGAUCUGGUAGUGUGCCCAAAUUGUGAUGAGGAACUAGGAACAGGGGAUGAGGCAAAGCAACAGAUAUGGGUAGCGAAACCUUGUGGACAUGUUCGUGCCACCUUCCUACAUUAUGUUGGGGCCUAG